AUCUUGCAGAAGUAGUGUGGAAACAAACAGUGCAUUGACCCUAGCACUAUUUUAAUUUUACUACUACUUAAAAAUAUACUUUGUACUGCAUUUAAACGACAUGCCAUUAAUAUGUUGUUGGUUAACUAGCAGGAAUCAAGAGACUUUGAAUUUUAGCAGCCAAUCAGCACUUAAUAUUGAACCACCAGCUUGUGUUAAGGUCUGAUAAUACUUAUCUCCAAUAACCAUAAUAAGUCUUAACUCCUGGAAAGAGACUAUAGUCCCUUAAUAUUAGAGAGGAGGCAGACAUCUCUACGUUGAUAGAUUGAUAAAUAGCAAUAAAAGGUAAGAAGAAAUAUAUGAGUUUUUAGAUUUUUGGGUGAACUGUCCCUUUAACAAACAGAGAACAGGCUUACCGGUCAGUGUGAACUCAGAUUGUUUCUCCAGAUGUUUAAUAUUAUGUGUCUCCCUCUGAACGUUUGAUAUUUCCUUUAUUCACAGAUUUUACCUGUUGCCCAUACGAAGAUGGAAAAUAAUGAGGAGUUGAGGGAGAGUGUUCAGCUUCUGCUCACAACUAAGAUCGCUGUUUACUUGAUGACGUUCCUGAUUGUGACUGUUGCAUGGGCUGCUCAUAUCAGGUUAUUUCAAGUUAUUGUCCGUAUAGACGAUUGCCUCGCACUGCUGAACCUCGCCUGCAUGAUGCUGAUCACCUUUCUGCCGUACACGUUCUCUCUGAUGGCGGCCUUCCCCGAGAACAUCCUCGGGCUUUUACUGUUUUGUGGCUGUGUGAUGGUGAUGGGCGUCAUCCAGUCGGUGAUCGUGUUGUACGCCUUCAGCCGUCCCUUCCUGCUGAACGAGCAGAUCCAGAUCUCAGAGAACCAGAACUUCUACAAACACCACAUCCUCAAAGUCAUCAUGCGGGUUCCCCUCAUGUGCUUCUUCGCCAGCAUCUUCUCCUUCAUCUUCUUCCAGCUGUCUUACGUGCUGCUGGCGGUCGUCAUCUUCCUGCCGUACAUCUCCCAGUCUUUGAAGUGGUGCCGCAGCAAAGCAAUUGGUCAGGUGCCGGAGAGUCCAGACUCCAUGUUGUUUUACACCUACCUGCCCAACGAGCCCCUCAGCAAGGACCGAGUGGAGGCUUUCAGCGAUGGAGUUUACGCCAUCGUAGCAACGCUUCUCAUCCUGGACAUAUGCGAGGACAACGUUCCAGACCCGACCGUCGUGCAGAAGCAGUUCGGCGGGAGCCUGAUAGCGGCCCUGCGGGUCUACGGCCCGGAGUACCUCGCCUACUUCGGUUCCUUCGCCACCGUCGGCCUUCUCUGGUUCGUGCACCACUCGCUCUUCCUCCACGUGACCAAGACGACGCGCUUCAUGGGCCUGCUGAACACCUUCUCCCUGGCGUUUGUCGGAGGUCUGCCUCUAGCCUACCAGCUGACGCACGAAUUCCCGGCCGACUCUCGCAACGAACUGGAAGCCAUUCAGAUCAGCUGCGUGAUCAUUUUCUUCGCCGGAAUCUUUCAGCUCACCAUCUGGGUGGUGGCUCUUUACAACGAACGGGAAACUCUGCACCCCUACGUGCGAUACGGCGGACGCGAGCACAUAUUCAUGCUGGCCAAGCUCUCCCUGUACCCCUGCGUGGCUCUGGGGACGUUUUUCCUGACGUGCAUUUUGAGUAAAUUCAGCGCCGCGAUUUUCCACCUGAUGGAGAUUACUGUGCCGUUUGCUUUUAUUGUGUUGAGGCUGUUGGUGCGCGUCGGGCGAGCUUCGCUUCGGCUAAUCUUCUGUCCUGACAGGCCCGACCAGAGGGGCGUCGUAGUGGAGGAAGAUGACGAGACGAGAGUGCCGUUCAGCGCUUUAGUCACCUAGCUAGCUUGAAGGGGGAGUGGCCACAGAAAAUAUCACGCUAACUGAUGGAGCGGUGAGGCGUUGCUGGCCUCAGGACAGAGCCAAAGGAAGGAAUCAGUGAAAAUAGGAUUGGCAAGACUUCACACGUUGAGGGCGGAGUUUGGGAAGUAGAGUAGAGACAGCAGGACACCGACAGCCCAAAGUCUAUCCAUUCAUUUACUCUUAUAAACAAUAACUUGAAGAAUAUGCUAAUGCUAGUUUUGAUGAGCAAACAAUCAUCUUCAGGCACUCAAAGCUUUGAAAUAACCAACAAAUAUCCCACUUUUAAUUUUAAAGCUCACAAAGAGUCAAAUAUUUGAACUAUUUUCUGUUUUCAGCUUUAAGUCGGCAGUUUGUAUAAACAGGAAAAACAGGCUUCUUAUAAUUAUAGUUAAUUUAAAGUGUGCCGAUGAACGGUCCGUCCAACUGGUUUGGUUUUAAUUCUGCCUUUUAAUUUUAGAUGUUCAGACAUGUUGCAGAAAAAGAAAUACCUUUAGAGUCAAUACACAAAGUAUUUAAAUACUUUGUGUUGACAAGGAAAAGUUUACACGUCUCAAGUUUGUCUCCUUUCAGACUUUAGCGCCAAUAUAAAACGUUGGAGUUGGCCAGUUAGCGACUGACAGGGUUCACGUCUGUAGCGUAUGCACUUUAAACAUUAACAGAACGGGUACGGCCAUAAAAUGGAAAAUUGCACUGUUUUAAAAUAGUCUGAUUCAGAAAGGUCCUUCAGAUUACCCCGAGAGGCAAGAGGAAGGAGAACGUGGUGAUCCAGUUUCUACAUAGUCUACAUGUCUUGUUUUUAUCUGUGAAACAGGUAGAAAGAAAUGUUUAUUAUUGUAAUUAUCAUUUCGACCACAACUCGAGCUUACGACGCAUAACUUAACACAAUUAAUUCACCUUAAACUCACCUGGAAUAAAACGUGAAUGCUUUUAGUCUCAUUUAGAACACGGGUUAGUGGCGCCUUUCACCCUCUUGUGGCCAAAAUGAGUAUUACAACAACAAAUCACCCGAGCACCUGUUUCACUGAAGGAAAAAUAAAUGAUUUAAGGAACUUAACACCUGUUAUUCAGUCAUAACCACAGGAGAGACAACUAUUCAGAUCAGAAUUAGAAAAUGGAUUUUCCACACUUGCCUCUCAGGGCUUCCGUAGAUAUGUAUGUAAUGUCACCUUUUUUAGUUAUGUCACAAUGUUUAUAUUUCUAUUCCUGCGGUUAUCUUUUAUUGGACGACUGUGCACUUAAAUGACCCCGAAAACCGUCUGUUUAAAAGUAGAAAAAUGCUGACUGUGCAUGGCUGCUGUUGAUUUUAAGGUUCAGUGAUGAUGAUUUCUGUCUUUCAAAAGUAACGUCAACUUAAUGUUAUUACAGGAUGUUAAGAACGGAAUGAAUCAAUGUUUUCUUAUUUUUAUGUUGAGGUUUGUGAUAUCAUGUGAAGUCUAUUUCUCCAGAAGAGGUCACUGUUUCUGUUAAACUGUCCUGAAGAGACCUUCGUCUCUGAUGACGAUGUGAUGUAUGUCUGUGUGUUUGAUACCCAAAUCUGAGACGCACUUUAAUGGAAACCUGUCGGGUGACUGAGAAUAUCGACUCGUGACUAAACAACAAAAGACUGGAAUCGUUACUUUUAAGACGUCGUAUUGUCACAUUUCUUUAUUCUGUUGAGGAUGAAUUGACCGCAGCUUCAUUUAGAAGUAAGUUUGUCUGUUUUUAUUUUUUUAUUAUUUGUAUCUAAUGAUCUGCAAGCAGCAUUGGUUGAUUUGAAUGUGAAAGAAAAGUAAACUUUUUGUCUGACAUUCUCACCAGAUAUAACUCACUCGUGUUGAGGCCAGAAGAGUCUCUGAAUAUUCACGUCUGUUCUGUAACGCUGCGUUUGCUCGUUCACGUUGUGCACAAUCUGGUUUUAAAUGUCAAAUCAAAAACUGUUGAGCUUUGUUUUGUGAAUAAAUCUGUUCCUUCAAUGUGAAAGUGAA